AUGGCUGCUUCGGAUCCAUUUGGAGGGUCACCCACGGAGGAUCCCAAUGCUCAUGUCAUAAAGUUCCUACGACUUUGUGGCACCUUCAAGAUGAAUGGAGUCACUCAAGAUGCUAUUAGACUAAGGCUUUUUCCUUUCUCACUAAAGGACAAGGCUGACGAUUGGUUAUCCUCACAUCCAGAUAACCAUUUUGACACUUGGAGAAAAUUGCAUGGAGAAUUUUUGAAGAAGUGUUAUCCUAUCUCCAAGACUCAAAGGAUGAGAAGGGAAAUUCAAAACUUUAAACAAUUGGCAACUGAGUCCCUAACUGAGUCUUGGGAGAGUUCUGGAGCCAACACAAGCCGAGGAACUAUUGGAGAUGAUUGCUAUGAAUGGGUCUACUUGGUACUCGGAGAGGUCUCCACAAAAGCUUUAGGAGGAAUUCAUGAGGUGGAGCAAUUAACCGAUUUGUCAACAAAGAUGGAUAAUGUGGUUUCCAUGGUUCAAAAGCUUGCCCAAAUCACCGUUCAAAAACACAAUCACCAGAGUAGAGUCACAGGGAAGUUACCAGCCAGUACUGAAAAUCCCAGGGAGCUUGUGAAUGCAAUUGUUACAAGGAGUGGCAAGGUACUUGAAGAGUCGUCUCCUCCAACCAAAGCAUCAAUUCCAAAUAGAACUGUGGAGGAGAAGAUAGAAAAGAUACUUGAGAAUGAAGAGGUUGAGCCAACUGCUGUGAAAAACAAUGACCAAGUCAUUGAUGAAGGAAAGAAGCAUGUGAGAAGGUAUGAAAACCCCUUUCCCAUCCCUCUACAAAUUCGGCAGCAAGGAAAAGAAAGUAAAUGGAAGAAAUUUUUAGAAAUAGUUGAAAAUUUGAAGAUUUUUGUCCCUUUACUUCAUUUGCUCUCCCAAGUUCCCUCUUAUGGGAAAUUCUUGAAAGAAAUACUUACUAGAAAGAGAAAAUAUGUGGAACAUGAGAUGAUUGCAAUGACACAAGAGUAUAGGGCUUUGACACCAGGAGUUGGGAGAAGAUUGACUAAAUAUAAAGAUCCGAGGAAAUUCACAAUUCCUUGUAUUGUUGGUGGCCGUCCUAUAAAGGGAUCUCUUUGUGAUAUUGGAGCUAGUGUCAGUGUCAUGCCUCUUCACUUUGUAAGAAGCUAA